AUGUCGUUGCUGCUAUUGCCACCCAAACCUCCCCCAACACUCUUUACCUUCACCGUCGCCACUUCCAUUAUCAGCCUUAAACCCUUACCCUCCUUCAAACCUCCACGUUGCACUCCAAACUCCACACUUCCCAUUUCCGUCUCUCCACCAACAACACGCACAAAUGCAACAACUCCAAAGAAGGUUCUUCUUCCCAUCGGUUUCGGCACCGAGGAAAUGGAAGCCGUUAUCUUAAUUCACGUCCUCCGUCGUGCUGGUGCUCUUGUCACCGUGGCGUCCGUCGAGCCUCAGCUUCAAAUUGAAGCUGCUGGAGGUACCAAAUUAGUCGCCGACACUUCAAUUUCCGAUUGCUCCGAUCAAAUCUUCGAUCUCAUCGCUUUACCGGGAGGAAUGCCUGGUUCAGCAAGAUUAAGGGAUUGUGAUGUGCUGCGAAGAAUCACAUGCAAACAAGCGGAGGAAAAUAGGCUCUAUGGUGCUAUUAAUGCUGCUCCUGCCGUCACGCUUUUGCCAUGGGGUCUUUUGAAGAGUAGGGAGAUAACCUGUCACCCUGCAUUUUUCGACAAGCUUCCAACAUUUUGGGCUGUUAAAACAAACAUUCAGGUUUCAAAAGGGCUUACAACGAGCCGUGGCCCUGGAACUGCUUACAUGUUUGCUUUAACCUUGGCUGAGCAGCUGUUUGGGGAGUCUGUUGCAAGGGAGGUUGCUGAAUUCUUGUUGAUGAGAACCAGUGACGAUAAUGUAUCCAAGAAGGAGUUCAAUGAAAUUGAGUGGUCUGUUGGCCACCAUCCCCCCAGUGUUCUCAUCCCAAUUGCACAUGGUUCUGAAGAGAUUGAAGUAGUGACACUGAUAGAUAUUCUAAGGCGAGCAAAAACUAAUGUCAUAGUUGCCUCUGUUGAGAAAACUCUUGGAGUCAUGGCUUCUCAAGGAACCAAAAUUGUUGCUGAUAAGUUACUUAGUGAUGUUCAAGAGUCAGCACAUGAUUUGAUUAUUCUCCCGGGAGGAACCGCUGGUACUCAAAGGCUAAGCAAAUCUAGAAUUCUGAAGAAGCUUCUAAAAGAACAAAAUUCAGCCGGAAGAAUAUACGGGGCCGUCUGCUCCUCACCUACUAUUCUACAUAAACAUGGUUUACUAAAGGACAAGAAGGCCACAGCUCAUCCCUCUGUCGUAGACAAGCUUAAGGACGGAGCUGUAAAUGAUGCUGUAGUAGUUAUUGAUGGAAAACUGAUUACUUGUGAGGGACUUGCCAGUAUAACUGAUUUUGCUUUGGCUAUUGUGAGCAAAUUAUUUGGGGACAGAAGAGCAAGAAGUGUAGCCGAAGGCCUUGUUUUUGAGUAUCCUAAGAAAUAG